AUGACGUCGAAGCAAAUUGGCCCUAUUGCUCAGGCGUGGUACAAGUGGAAGGCCCUGCGCCUCCCUUGGCGGCGGCGCUUUCUCAUUGGAUUUGAUCUCAAAGGCAACACAUUCUGGGAGUUCCGCAACACCCGCGGGACAAAGGACUCGGGCGAGCGCUGGCGCCGCAUCGUCUCAUAUCCCCGAUCAACGCACUACUCCGAAGUCAAGGUCAGCCCGCAAUGGCACCAAUGGUUACGGCAUACACGGCGAGAUCCUCCGACGCUGGAGGAGCAGCACGCAGAGGUGGUGCGCCAGGAGAGGAUGAAGUAUCUCGCCGCUGAGGCUGACGCGCGCUGGGAGGCAAAGCCUAGGGUCAUGGAGGCCCCGAGGGAACAGGAGAAGCUGCCUUUGGCAAAGGAGAGAGGACAAGCAGACGAGACAAGUGCGGCAUCUCCUCAGGCGACCAAGACGGAAAAGGCAGAUGAAAAGGACCCCUGGGCUAGGGCAACAGCCCAGGGACCCGGCGAGAAAUGGCAACCUACGGCGUGGAAUCCCGCGGCCGCAAAAAGAAAUCGAUGA